AUGCAGACGCUUGCCAAACGAGCGCACAAAAUCAAAGACACGAGACUUGUUGGACGCCGAACAUGUGCUCAAACUACCUCGAUGGACCAGUCGCAGCCGAGUCAACAGAACCACCACUCGGAUGAAUUGGACAUCACAAUGAGUGAUGAUUUUGACAAUUUGAUAGAUGAUGUACCCAUGCCUCCCAACAAUUUCGCUGAUCGGAACGAGCCUCCCGUCCCCGAUAAUCAUCCAUGCAUACCUCCUGACGAUUGA